UAACGUAAGUGGCUGCAAGCGGAGGGAACGGUCGGUGGUAAGACAGCGCUCGGCCACGGGACGGAUAGAUUCGCGUGCUGCUCUUUGCUAUUCUUGGUCGUCCCGAUACCCGAAUCCGUCUCCACGGAGAACGACCCGCGAUAUUGCCAACCUCUUUCUUGUUACAUCCCUGAACGUCGUAGUUCAGGGAAGCCAAACUUUUUACGUAGGAGAAUAGAUCUUGUCGACGGUUACAUUAAUGGCACAGCAUCGUUCGCACCCUCUAGCGUGGAAUUUUAUACAAAUAUUUGAAAUUUUCGCGCCGUCAAAAUCUUAAAUAAAAAGAGAGAAAAAAAGCUAAACUAACGAUUUUCGUUCCCUUCUCCUAUAUUAUCAAACAAAAAAAAAAGAGCAAUCUUACUUCGUUUUAUUGUUAAUAAAAUCAGGCGUCUUGCACAAUUAAACAAUUGAUUCUGUUGGAAAUCAUUUUGAAUUUGCCGGGUCAAAUUGUAUACAAUGGAGAACAGAGCCAUAUUUCUUACGCCUGUUGCGUAAUCACCCUGUUUCCAUAAUAGCACGUUUAGUUCCAUUUUUCAUUUUUCCAUGGAAAAUAGCAACACACUAAUAAACCGUAUUGACAAUGAGGGCGUAACCGAUCAUAGAUCUAUGUAACUGAUACAACUCCUUUAUAUGAGUUUGGCCUCCCUGAUAUUUUUAUGAAUGACGUUUAAUCGAGGAGGUUGGUAAAAUCACCUUCGUUAGGAUAUAACUUGGUGUAAUACGCAUAUAUGCUUGUCUACAAUAAUCAUCGAGAGAAAAAUAUUGUGACAUGGAGAGUAUAUUUCAUGAAAAGCAAGAAGGAUAUUUAUGCGCGCAACAUUGUUUGAACGCUCUUCUACAAGGUGCUUAUUUUAACGCAGUAGAUCUUGCUAAUUUUGGUCAUCAAAUGGAUGAAGCAGAACGUAUUAGAAUGGCCGAGUCAGGUAUCGAUAGCGAGGAUUAUAAACUUUUCUUAGAGCAACCCUCAGAAAAUAUGGAUGACAGUGGAUACUUUUCCGUUCAAGUCAUUAGCAGUGCUUUAAAGGGGGUUUGGGGUUUGGAGUUGGUUCCAUACAACAGUACAGAAGCUGCUGCGUUGAUGGCUCAAAAUGAUCCUUCGCAAAUGAAAGCUUAUAUCUGCAAUUACAAAGGACAUUGGUUUACUAUACGAAAGAUUGGAACACAAUGGUUCAAUUUGAAUUCGAUGCUUAGUGGGCCACAGCUUAUAUCAGACACGUAUCUAGCGAUGUAUUUGGCUCAAUUGUUACAAGAAGGUUAUUCAAUUUUCAUUGUUAUUGGUACAUUACCGCAAUGUCCUGCGGACGAAAUAUUAAUGAAAAAUCCAAUUAAGCUCACACCAAGAACAAAGGAAUGUAUUAAAGAAGAGAAGCCUACAACUGCAGGAUAUCGCUUAGGUAGCAAAGAAGAAGAUGAAGUUAUGAAGGCAGUUCGUGCUCUAGAAGAAAUUAAAGUUCCUUGGUCUUACACAAGUAAUAUACCUUCAAAAUUUGUAAAUUCAUCCUCGGACCAUAAAAAAAAUAAUUUGCCUGAAGAGGGAAUAUCAUCCGAUGAGAAACCUCGUGAACGAAUAAUUCCAAUAAGAAUAGAAGGGAAAGAUGACGAUCAGGAUGAUGAAAAUGAAGAAUUGCAAAGAGCAUUACGUUUAAGUUUACAAGAUAAUGAAGAUGAUAUAGAUAAGAAUCAAAAUUUAAAAUUGAAGUCUGAUAACAAGGCAGAACCACCGUCGGCAGAGGUUGAUGAUGCGGAUCAAGAUGAUGAAUUAAGGAAAGCUCUACAAUUGAGUCUUGAAUGUGUAACGGCUCCACCAACACCAGAUUUAGAAGAUUUGCGUUGGCGUCGAUUAAAUCAUUUUGGUGUACAUUCUAAAGCAUCAAAUAAUGAAGCAUCUCCAAAGUUGAAUUCUUAACAAUAAAUAUAUAAUAUUAUGAUGGCUAUUAAAAAGAUUUAUCUUGUAAAUUACGAACUAAAUCAUUAGUGAAAAAGAGAGUGUCAUUUUAUGUACUAACAAUUAAAAAUCUAAUGGAUAUAUGAUGAUGUAUAUCACGCGCGUGCGUGGAUUUUACACACCGCACAUAUGUAAAUACGAUGUAUAUGCAUGUAUAUAAGUGUGUAUAUAUAUAUAUAUAUAUAUAAUUAUUGUGUAUGCAUAUAUAUAUAUAUAUAUAUAUAUAUAUAUAUUUGUAUGUAU